GAGGGGGCCGCCGGAGCAGCGGUGGGUGCAGCGGCCGCGGCUGGAACAGCAGCGGGAACAGCGGCGGCAGCAGCCUCCGCAGCAGCGGCGGCUCCACUGAUCGGGAGUCGGUCGGCUGGGACCUGCGGAUUUAGGCGGCUGGGGAGGAAGGAGACGCCGCUUGCAGCGCUCCGAGCCCAGGCGAGCCGGAGAAGGGAGGCGGCGCGAUGUGGCUGGGGAGGCUGCUGAAGUUCGCCCUGGGAUUUACAGUGAUUUUAUCUUCCUAUACGAGCGAAGGUGCCGAAGGGAAUUUGGAGGCUGAUAACGCGAAGGAAACCAGAGCCAGCAGAGCCAAGAGGAGAGGACAAGGCGGAGGCGGAGGAGGGCACGAUGCGCUCAAAGGACCCAAUGUGUGUGGAUCACGUUACAAUGCCUACUGUUGCCCUGGAUGGAAAACGCUACCUGGUGGAAAUCAAUGCAUAGUCCCAAUUUGCAGACAUUCCUGUGGGGAUGGAUUUUGUUCAAGACCAAACAUGUGCACAUGCCCAAAUGGCCAGAUAGCACCUUCCUGUGGUUCAAAGUCAAUACAACACUGCAACAUCAGGUGUAUGAAUGGAGGUAGCUGCAGUGAUGACCAUUGUCUCUGCCAGAAAGGAUACACAGGAACACAUUGUGGACAGCCUGUCUGUGAAAAUGGGUGCCUUAAUGGAGGGAGAUGUGUGGCUCCAAACCGAUGUGCUUGUACAUAUGGUUUCACUGGACCUCAGUGUGAAAGAGAUUAUAGGACUGGCCCGUGCUUCACACUGGUAACCAAUCAGAUGUGCCAGGGACAGCUCACUGGAAUAGUCUGCACAAAAACCCUUUGCUGUGCAACAGUUGGGAGAGCUUGGGGCCACCCCUGUGAAAUGUGUCCAGCUCAGCCUCAUCCCUGCCGCCGGGGUUUCAUUCCAAAUAUUCGCACAGGAGCCUGUCAAGAUGUGGAUGAAUGCCAAGCCAUCCCUGGGAUCUGUCACGGGGGAAAUUGUAUUAAUACUGUUGGAUCUUUUGAGUGCAAAUGCCCAGCUGGACACAAGUUUAAUGAAGUGACACAAAAAUGCGAAGAUAUUGAUGAAUGCAGCACCAUUCCUGGAAUCUGUGACGGAGGAGAGUGUUCUAACACUGUUAGCAGUUACUUUUGCAAAUGUCCACCUGGUUUUUAUACAGCUCCUGAUGGCACAAGAUGUAUAGAUGUACGUCCUGGAUACUGUUUCUCUUCUCUGACCAAUGGCCGUUGCGGCAAUCAGCUCCCCCAGGUUUUAACUAAAAUGCAAUGCUGCUGUGACACCGGACGAUGCUGGUCUCCUGGGGCAGCGAGUGCCCCUGAAAUGUGCCCAAUCCGAGCUACUGAGGAAUAUCGCAAAUUAUGCGUAGUUGCUGACCUAACGCCUGGGAGACCUCUUCCUCCAGUCCAUCCUCCAGUCCAUCCUCCAAUCCUUAUUCCUGAUCCUCCUGAUAGAUAUCGUCCUCCGCUUCCUGACAUUGUUUUUCCACCAAUUCCAUCCCGCGGUCCUGUGGUCUUGCCAGUUAAUUUCACUGACUAUUGCCAGCUAUUCAGACAUCUCUGUCUUAAUGGGCGUUGUAUUCCAACUCCUGGGAGCUACCGCUGCGAGUGCAACAAAGGAUUCCAGCUGGAUGUCAGAGGGGAAUGCAUUGAUGUUGAUGAAUGUGAGAAGAAUCCUUGUAUUAGUGGAGACUGUAUAAAUAACCAAGGAUCCUACAUAUGCCAGUGUCGUGCUGGAUUUCAGAGCACACUAACUAGGACAGAGUGUCGAGAUAUUGAUGAAUGUUUACAGAAUGGCCGGAUCUGUAAUAAUGGACGGUGCAUAAACACAGAUGGCAGUUUUCACUGUGUUUGCAAUGCUGGCUUUCAUGUGGCACUCGAUGGAAAAAACUGUGAAGAUAUGGAUGAAUGUAGCAUAAGGAACAUGUGCCUUAAUGGGAUGUGUAUCAAUGAAGACGGAAGUUUUAAGUGCAUCUGUAAACCUGGUUUCCAGUUAUCAUCUGAUGGACGUUAUUGCAAUGACAUCGAUGAGUGUGAGACAGCUGGAAUAUGCAUGAACGGGCGCUGUGUGAACACUGAUGGCUCUUUCAGAUGUGACUGCUUUCCAGGUCUUGUAGUGGGACUAGAUGGACGUGUGUGCGUUGAUACACAUAUGCGAAGCACAUGCUAUGGUGAAUACAAGAGAGGUCAAUGUGUUAAACCAUUAUUUGGCGCUGUUACUAAAUCGGAAUGUUGUUGUGCCAGCACUGACUAUGCCUUUGGAGAACCUUGUCAGCCAUGUCCCGCUCAAAAUUCAGCUGAGUACCAGGCUCUAUGCAGCAGUGGACCAGGCCUGGAUUUAGAAGGAAGAGAUAUUAACGAAUGUGCACUGAAUCCUGAUAUCUGCCCAAAUGGAAUCUGUGAGAAUCUGCGGGGAACAUAUAAAUGCAUAUGUAAUUCUGGGUAUGAAGUGGAUGCAAGCGGGAAAAACUGCAUUGACAUUGAUGAAUGUGCAUUGAACAGGCUGCUGUGUGACAAUGGACAAUGCAGAAAUACCCCUGGAAGCUUCACCUGCACCUGUCCCAAAGGAUUUGUAUACAAGCCUGAUCUAAAAACAUGUGAAGAUAUUAAUGAGUGUGAGUCUAAUCCCUGUGUUAAUGGAAUAUGCAAAAAUACACUUGGCUCUUUUGCUUGUGAAUGUAGCCCUGAAAGUACUUUGGAUACAACAAGAACCAUCUGCAUAGAAACUAUUAAAGGCACCUGUUGGCAGACUAUUGUGAAUGGAAGAUGUGAAAUAAAUAUUAAUGGGGCAACUCUCAAGUCCCAGUGCUGUUCCUCGCUAGGUGCUGCGUGGGGUAGCCCAUGUACACCCUGUGAACGAGACCCGAUCUGUUCAAAAGGAUAUUCAAGAAUAAGGGGAACAAUAUGUGAAGAUGUAAAUGAAUGCGAAGUGUUUCCCGGGGUUUGUCCGAAUGGUCAGUGCGUCAAUACCUUGGGUUCCUUUGUUUGCCAGUGUGCCAGUGGAAUGAUUUUAGAUGCCUCUGGACGGACAUGUCUUGACAUUCGCUUGGAGACUUGCUACUUGAAGCAUGAAGAUGAAGAAUGUACAUUGCCGAUAGCAGGCCGGCACCGAAUGGAUAGUUGCUGCUGUUCUGUUGGUGCAGCAUGGGGCCCUGAAUGCGAGGAAUGUCCUGUGAAGGCAACUCCUGAAUUUGAAACUCUUUGUCCAAGAGGACCUGGAUUUGCUAGUAGAGGAGAGAUUAUAAAUGGAAAGCCAUUCUUUAAAGAUAUCAAUGAAUGCAAAAUGAUCCCAAGUCUUUGUACCCAUGGAAAAUGCAGAAACACCAUUGGCAGUUUUAAGUGUAAAUGUGACAGCGGAUUUGCACUUGAUUCUGAAGAAAGAAAUUGUACAGAUAUUGAUGAAUGCCGCAUAUCUCCUGAUCUCUGUGGCCAAGGCAUCUGUGUCAAUACACCAGGGGACUUCGAAUGUGAAUGUUUUGAAGGCUAUGAAAGUGGAUUUAUGAUGAUGAAAAACUGCAUGGACAUUGAUGAGUGUCAGCGAAAUCCUCUUUUAUGCCGAGGUGGUGUUUGCAUAAACACAGAAGGAAGCUUUCAGUGUGACUGUCCUCCAGGUCAUCAACUGGCUCCAAAUAUCUCCGCAUGUAUAGACAUCAAUGAGUGUGACCUAAGCCACAACCUGUGCAGAAAUGGACAUUGUGUCAACCUGAUUGGAAGGUAUCAGUGUGCCUGCAACCCUGGAUAUCAGUCCACUCCCGACAAAUUAUUUUGUAUUGAUAUUGAUGAAUGCAACAUAAUGAAUGGCGGUUGUGACACCUUCUGUACAAACUCAGAGGGCAGCUAUGAAUGUAGCUGUAAACCAGGCUUUGCACUAAUGCCAGACCAAAGAUCUUGCACUGAUAUUGAUGAGUGUGAAGACAAUCCUAAUAUCUGUGAUGGAGGCCAGUGCACUAACAUACCAGGAGAAUACAGGUGUCUUUGUUACGAUGGAUUCAUGGCAUCUGAGGAUAUGAAGACUUGUAUAGAUGUCAACGAGUGUGACCUAAAUCCAAACAUCUGUCUAAGUGGAAGCUGUGAGAAUACAAAAGGCUCAUUUAUCUGUCAUUGUGAUAUGGGAUAUUCAGGCAAAAAAGGAACCACUGGUUGUACAGAUAUCAAUGAGUGUGAAAUCGGAGCCCAUAACUGUGACAGGCAUGCCACAUGUACAAAUACGGCAGGGAGUUUCAAAUGUGAGUGCAGCUCAGGUUGGAUUGGAGAUGGCAUCAAAUGUUCAGAUCUGGACGAAUGCUCCAAUGGAACACACAUGUGCAGCCCACAUGCCAAUUGCAAGAACACAAUGGGUUCUUACCGUUGCCUUUGCAAGGAUGGCUACACUGGGGAUGGCUUCACUUGUACAGAUCUUGAUGAAUGCUCAGAAAACCUGAAUCUCUGUGAGAAUGGGCAAUGUCUCAAUGCCCCUGGAGGGUAUCGCUGUGAAUGUGAUAUGGGAUUUUUACCAAGUCCAGAUGGGAAAGCAUGUGAAGAUAUUGAUGAGUGCUCCCUUCCUAACAUCUGUGUCUAUGGGACUUGUCAUAACCUCCCUGGUCUAUUCCGAUGCGAGUGCGAGACAGGCUAUGAACUGGACAGAACCGGUGGUAACUGCACAGAUGUUAACGAAUGUGCAGACCCCACCACCUGUAUCAGCGGCAAGUGUAUCAAUACUCCUGGCAGUUACACCUGUGAGUGUCCUCCUGAUUUUGAGCUGAACCCCACCCGUGUUGGCUGUGUUGACACACGUUCUGGCAACUGCUACUUGGAUAUUAAACCACGAGGAGACAACGGAGAUAUAGUCUGCAGCAAUGAGAUUGGGGUUGGUGUUUCCAAGGCCUCUUGCUGUUGCUCCCUGGGGAGAGCUUGGGGGGUUCCCUGUGAACAUUGCCCACCUGUGAACUCAACUGAAUAUAAGGUUCUGUGCCCUGGAGGGGAAGGAUUCCGACCAAACCCUAUUACAGUUAUAUUGGAGGAUAUUGAUGAGUGUCAAGAACUACCUGGACUUUGCCAAGGAGGAAAAUGUAUUAAUACAUUUGGUAGUUUCCACUGUCAGUGUCCAAAUGGCUACUAUUUGAAUGAAGAUUCUCGAGUAUGUGAUGAUAUUAAUGAAUGUGAAACACCUGGCAUUUGUGGGCCUGGCACUUGUUAUAACACUGUUGGGAACUACACCUGUAUCUGUCCUCCCGACUACAUGCAAGUCAAUGGUGGCAACAACUGUAUGGAUAUGAGGAGGAGUCUGUGCUACAGAAAUUAUUAUGCUGACAAUCAAACCUGUGAUGGAGAACUGCUCUUCAAUAUGACCAAGAAAAUGUGCUGCUGUUCCUACAAUAUUGGACGUGCAUGGAAUAAGCCUUGUGAACAAUGCCCUAUCCCUAGCACCGAUGAAUUUGCAACACUCUGUGGAAGUCAAAGGCCUGGUUUCUUCAUUGACAUUUAUACAGGUUUACCAGUUGAUAUUGAUGAAUGCCGAGAGAUCCCUGGAGUCUGUGAGAAUGGAGUCUGUAUAAACAUGGUUGGCAGCUUCAGAUGCGAGUGUCCAGUGGGAUUCUUUUACAAUGACAAGUUGCUGAUCUGCGAAGAUAUGGAUGAAUGCCAGAAUGGACCAGUGUGUCAACGAAAUGCAGAAUGUGUCAACACGGCUGGCAGCUAUCGCUGUGAGUGUAAACCUGGCUAUAGGUUCACGUCAACAGGCCAAUGCACUGAUCGCAACGAAUGUCUAGAAAUUCCCAAUAUCUGUAGCCAUGGCCAGUGUAUUGACACCAUUGGAGGAUUCUACUGCAUAUGUCACUCAGGAUUCAAAACCAAUGCUGACCAAACGAUGUGCAUAGAUAUUAAUGAGUGUGAAAAAGAUCCAUGUGGCAAUGGAACAUGUAGAAAUACCAUUGGCUCUUUCAACUGCCGCUGUGACAAUGGAUUCAUUCUCUCACACAAUAAUGACUGCAUAGAUGUGGACGAAUGUGCAAGUGGAAAUGGGAUGCUCUGCAGGAAUGGCCGCUGCAUAAACACAGUUGGGUCUUUCCAAUGUCUGUGCAAUGAUGGCUAUGAGGUGUCCCCCGAGGGCAGGACCUGUGUGGAUAUCAAUGAGUGUGCAGUGGUGCCUGGUAGAUGCUCACCUGGCACGUGCCAGAACCUGGAUGGGACGUAUAGAUGCAUCUGUCCUCCUGGAUACGUUCUGCAAAAUGACAGGUGUGAAGAUAUUGACGAGUGUGUAGAAGACCCAGAAAUCUGUGCCUUGGGUACAUGCAGCAAUACUCCAGGCAGCUUCACAUGCUUAUGUCCUGAAGGGUUUGUACUGUCUUCCACAGGAAGAAGAUGCCAAGAUCUGAGAGUGAGUUAUUGCUUUACCAAAUUUGAAGAAGGCAAAUGCACAGUUCCCAAAUCCAGAAACCAUUCCAAGCAAGAAUGUUGCUGCGCCUUGCAAGGAGAAGGAUGGGGUGACCCAUGUGAGCUCUGCCCACAGGAAGGAGAUGAGGCAUUUCGUCAAAUUUGUCCAUUUGGAAUUGGCAUCCUUAUUGGACCAGGGGAUAUACGGGUUGAUGUGGAUGAGUGCCUUGACCCAGAAAAUUGCAGAUUUGGGCAGUGUAUCAACACGGAUGGGUCCUUCCGCUGCGAAUGUCCUUUUGGUUAUAUCCUUCAGGGAGCUCAAUGUGUAGAUACUGAUGAAUGCUCUGUUGGAAAUCCAUGUGGAAAUGGAACUUGUAGGAAUGUUGUAGGUGGUUUUGAAUGUACCUGUGAUGAGGGAUUUGAGCCAGGACCAAUGAUGACAUGUGAAGAUGUAAAUGAGUGUGCUCAGAAUUCUCUACUGUGUGCCUUCCGAUGUGUGAACACCUACGGAUCAUAUGAAUGCAAGUGUCCAGCUGGCUACGUUCUUAGAGAAGACCGGAGAAUGUGCAAAGAUCAGGAUGAAUGUGAAGAAGGAAUUCAUGAUUGUGACUCAAAACAAAUGGAGUGUAAAAAUCUGAUUGGCACUUACAUGUGCAUAUGUGGACCAGGAUAUCAGCGCAGACAGGAUGGUGAGGGCUGUAUAGAUGAAAAUGAAUGUCAAACGAAACCUGGGAUCUGUGAAAAUGGACGUUGUAUCAAUACAAUAGGAAGCUACAGAUGUGAAUGCAAUGAAGGAUUCACUGCCAGUGACACCCAGAAUGAAUGCCUUGACAUCAGAGAGGGCUACUGCUUCACUGAAGUGUUACAAAGUCUGUGUCAGAUUGGAUCAAGCAAUAGGAACUCUGUCACUAAGUCUGAAUGCUGCUGCGACGGCGGGCGUGGAUGGGGGCCAAACUGUGAGAUCUGCCCCUUCCCAGGCACCGUGGCCUUUAAAAAGCUUUGCCCCCAUGGCCGAGGAUACAUGACCAAUGGAGCAGAUAUUGAUGAGUGCAAGGUUAUUCAUGAUGUCUGCCGGAAUGGAGAGUGCAUCAAUGAGCAAGGAUCAUAUCGCUGCAUAUGUAAACCUGGCUAUACUCCAGAUAUAACAGGCACCCUUUGCGUAGAUCUGAAUGAAUGUAACCAGUCUCCUAAGCCUUGCAAUUUCAUCUGCAAGAACACGGAAGGGAGUUACCAGUGUUCGUGUCCAAAAGGGUACAUCUUACAAGAGGACGGGAGAAGCUGUAAAGAUCUCGAUGAAUGUGCAACGAAACAGCAUAACUGCCAGUUCCUGUGUGUCAACACCAUAGGGGGCUUCACUUGUAAAUGUCCUCCUGGUUUCACUCAGCAUCAUACAGCGUGUAUUGAUAAUAAUGAAUGUGCCUCUGAAAUCAAUCUGUGUGGAGCGAGAGGUAUUUGCCAGAACACACCAGGAAGCUUCACAUGUGAAUGCCAGCGUGGCUUUUCCCUUGAUCAGACUGGAGUCAGCUGUGAAGAUGUUGAUGAAUGUGAUGGAAACCACCGGUGCCAGCAUGGUUGCCAGAAUAUAAUUGGAGGAUACAGGUGUAGCUGCCCACACGGAUAUCUCCAGCAUUACCAGUGGAACCAAUGUGUUGAUGAAAACGAAUGCCUCAGUGCACAUGUUUGUGGAGGAGCAUCUUGUCACAAUACUUUGGGAAGCUAUAAAUGUAUGUGCCCUACCGGAUUUCAGUAUGAACAAUUUAGUGGCGGUUGCCAAGAUGUCAAUGAAUGCAGUUCUGCACAAGCCCCAUGCAGUUAUGGUUGUUCAAAUACUGAUGGUGGCUAUGUCUGUGGAUGCCCACCUGGUUACUUCAGGAUAGGACAAGGACACUGUGUUUCUGGAGUGGGACUGGGUAAAGGUCAUGGUCAAGAAUUGCCCGUCAGCGGUGAAGUAGAUGACAACUCUCUCUCCCCCGAGGCUUGUUAUGAAUGUAAAAUCAACGGUUAUCCCAAGAGAGGAAGGAAGCGCAGAAGCACUAAUGAAACUAUUGCAAAUGAAGCAGAGGAUCAACCUGAGGUGGAACCAGAAGUCAGUCUUGCCAGUUGGGAUAGUGAAAAAACAGCCGUCUUUUCCUUCAACAUCUCUGGGCUUAAUAACAAAGAUCGCAUCCUGGAACUUCUUCCCGCUCUCUCAACACUGACAAAUCACAACCGAUAUUUAAUUGACUCUGGAAAUGAAGAUGGUUUCUUUAGAAUCAAUCAGAAGGAAGGGAUAAGCUACCUUCAUUUCACAAAGAAGAAGCCAAUACCUGGAACCUACUCAUUACAAAUCAGUAGUAUUCCACUCUAUAAAAAGAAGGAACUUAAUCAGCUUGAAGACAAACAUGACAAAGACUACCUCAGUGGUGAGCUGGGAGAUAACCUGAAAAUGAAAAUUCAGAUUUUGCUUCAUUAAUUCAUCAACCAAAGACCAAAUAAUUAAAACCAAAGAUAGAUAGGUAGGACUGAAUGUUCCUCCCAAUCAGAUUCUCCAUAUCAUAGGUACAAUCUUUCAUGAGUACAUUUGUAUGAAUGAGCACUAUUAUAUUAUUACAUAAGCAAGGUACAGAAUGAAUACCCUAGAUCAAAACAACCACUUUCUCAGGCUUCUUAAAGUGUAGCUGAGCUACCUUGAUAUGUUGAAUCUUGAAAACUGGGACUUUUAUCAUUGGAGGUUGGCCACUGAUGCUGAGACACAUCAUUUCAGCAGAGGUACAAGAACGUGCUUUCAACUGAUGGACUUCUCUAUUUUUGUAAUUCUUAAACUUUGCUUCUCCAACUACAACUUACUAGGUCAGCCAUUUAUGAUAUCCAUUUGGUGCUAGUACAUUUUCAAUCUAGAUUUAUAAAUGCACUGUAAUAUUUACACAACUUAGAAGCCAAAAUUGCAAUUAUUCAGUCUACAUACUUCAAUCAACCAAAGUUAGCUCAGUAGUUUAUCUCAGUUAUGCCUAUAAUACAGUACAUGUAAAUUAAGUGUGUGUAUACUGUAAUCAUACUAUUUUUAUCAAUGAAGCAUUUGUAAACUAGAUUAAUAAUACCCUUAAUGUGAGGGUUUGUAAUGGUGCUUAUAAAGACCAACUACUCGUUAACUGUAUACACAAACCUGAUGAUGAAAUUUCUGUGACUUACCAAAAUGCACUGAGGUCAGUAGGGACCAUUAAACAUUCUCAGAAGUCAGAUGAUAAUCAGUGCCAUCCUACACCAUGACAUUAUGUAAUACAUGUCAAGAGUACCCAUAAUCAUUCAUAUCAACAAGGGUUCAAUGUCACAAUAAAACAGUGGGUUUUUUUAGUUUA